CUUAGACCUAUAUCAURAUCAUUUAUACCAGGAUAUUAGUCCGAGGCAAAAUCCAAAAGGAAAAAAGUCCAAUCCAAAAAUUACGGAAGCCCAGAAUGCAGCCCGCGAGUUCCCGGGCGAGGAGGGGGAACCCAGCCCUUCCCCUGCCGGGAAGAAAACUGUGAAUCAAACCAAACCAAAAGGAAAUAACCCCCGAACCGUGCUGUCUGGGGGCCGGGGGGCCGUGUUGGUCUGCAGCCCUGCGGUGACGAUGCCGCUUCUCUCUCGCUUCUCUCUCCCGGCAGAAGCUGGCGGUGCUGGUGGGCAGCGGCGCCAGCGGCAGCGCCAAGCCCGGCGUUGUCCCGGCUCUCCUCAAGGCUCCGGGGGCCGGCAGCCCCGGCCACAAGCUGCCCAUCCCCGCGCUGCCGGCCCGGGCUCCCAUCGCCAUGGUCACGGCCACCCUGCACGGCRGCAUGGGCGCCGAGCCCCCUCAGAACGCGCCCGUCAAUCUGCAGAGCACGGCCAAGGCGGGGCGGGCCCGCCGGCCACCAGAGAUCGGCUCCGGCACCCAGACUUUGGGAACUCUCACUGCAGUGCCCAUUAAAGUUCCUCAGGUCAGCUCCUUGCAGAGGUUGGCAGGACAAGGACCAGCAGUGCUACCUCAGGUUAGGCCAAAGACCCUGAUUCCAGACAGCCUCCCAAUCUCCCCGUGCAGAGACCAACCUUCCAAGCAGCCUCCCACCUUCCAGAAGGCAACCAUAGUGAGCAUCAAAAACCCCAGCCCUGCCCUCCCGACUGCCAACAACACCGUCAGCCAUGUACAGACGCCCAGCAGCCAGUCACAAAGUGUCACCGAGCCCACAGCUCUCUCGUCCCCUCUGAGCAGUGCUGGUGUGGCCUACGCCAUCAUUUCCACCUCCCCCAGCAAUGCAGCUCCCAUCAGCACCAGUGCCACGGUCUCGGUGGUCAACGACAGCAUCAAAGUGCAGCCGCUGCUCAUCAGUGCCGACAGCAAGGUUAUCAUUAUUCAACCUCAAGUCCAAACCCAGACAGAAAGUAAAGUGGAGAUAAAGAAUCCUCCUGAAGAGUCAGCUCAGGGACCCCCUGCUACCAAAAAGAAAAAGGAGGAAAACCCAGAGAAAAUUGCCUUCAUGGUAGCACUAGGACUGGUUACAACAGAACAUUUGGAAGAAAUCCAGAGCAAGCGUCAGGAAAGAAAGAGAAGAAGCACAGCAAAUCCAGCCUACAGUGGACUCUUGGAAACAGAGAGGAAACGCCUCGCAUCGAAUUAUUUGAAUAACCCCUUGUUCCUUUCAACGAGAGCAAAUGAGGAUCCAUUCUGGAAGAACGAGAUCCACCACGAUGAACACUGCACUGCCUGCAAGCGUGGGGUUAACUUGCAGCCCUGUGGCACGUGUCCCAGAGCAUAUCACCUCAACUGCCUGGAGCCACCCCUCAAAACUGCCCCCAAAGGGGUCUGGCUCUGCCCAAAGUGCCAACAGAAGGUGUUAAAGAAAGAUGACAGUGUGCCAUGGACUGGAACUCUGGCUAUUGUUCACUCCUAUGUUACUCAUAAAACAGUCAAAGAAGAAGAGAAGAGAAAGCUAUUAAAGAGAAGCAGUGAGCUGAAGAGUGAGCAUAGACAAUUAGAAGAAAAAGAUCGACUUCUCAACAAUGCAAUGAAGAAAUGCUUAGAGCUAAAAAGCAGCCUUUUGGCCCAGCAGAAAGGGACUCAGUCAUCACUGGAACGUCUCAAAACCCUCAUUAGACUGAUCCAAAACGAGCAGAUGCUUCAGGUUACCAUGACGACCACCACCACCUCCUCCCUGCUGUCCAUCCCCUGGAUCAAACCCUCCCCUGGCUCUGCUGCCAUGCACAAAGCCUUGCAGCCAUCACAGGGCAACAACUGACAAGAACUGGGUGAGGUCUAAGAAAGGGGGACAAGAACUUUAUGCACGAGAGCAGAGAUGAGACUGGAACAAAGCAGAGACCACGCAAUCCCAGUUGGAUCCACUUAAGAGAUUGCAGAGCACUCAGCCCAGUCUGUAGGUCACUGUGGCAGGGCAGGCUGUGCUGCAGUUUUGUAUUUGCCAAGAACCUUCAGUGCUUAAUGACAUUUUGUUUUAUUAUGUUGGCCUUAAUGUAUUUAUGAGUGAGGAUGAGCAGGAAAAGCCAAGAGGCCGAUAGGAAGUGGGAUAGGCUUUUGUGGGCUUUCUGUUCUGCUUUAAGGGCAAAGGAGUUAGUGAGGUUUUAGAGAAGUAGUUGGGCUGAAAGCUGUGUGUGGGAGGGGAAUCAGUGAGAAAAAGAAAGUGAAAUACUUAGUACUUGAUUGUGUUCAGAAGAACAAAUUUGGCCCCAUGGACACAGAUGAGCUGGAGAUGGGGUCGCUGUGACCAGAACAGCAUCACGGACACUCACAGAGCCUUGGAAACAAAAGAGCAUUUCUUUCAGUAUUAUUAGACUUGACAAUUGCAAAUAUUUAAAUAAAGAAACUGUAUGAAGUUAGCAUUUCUAGUAAAAUAUUGAAGUAUUUUCAUGCUGAUGCUUCUGUAUAUGCGUUCUGAAGUAUUUAAAAAAAUACGACUGUAAAACUCCUUUUGCAGGUCCUUUUUACUUAUUUUGCUAUCAGUGUAUUUUUCUCAUGGAGUUUUUGUGCAAGGUUUAGCAUAAACCAUAAUAGUGGAUAUCUUUGACAGUUUAGGUUUUAUUUUUUAAAGAGAUUAUUUUUUGGUUUUCUUUCUUUUUUGUUAAUUUUUGAUUCUUUUUUAAAGAAAAAAAAAAAAAGCAAAUAAAUGUUCUGGGUUUUGUUUCUUGACAGUACAGACAAUAUGCCAAAAAGAUGACUUUACAUUUUUGUACUGCAUUUUUAUUGUUAAAAAUAUGUGAUUUUAAAAAUUAUUAUUAUUAUUAUUAUUAAUUUGCUUGUAGAAAUAUCUGCUGAAAUGGUACAGGGAAAAAAAACCUGCCUCAAGGGGUUGUUUCUUGAACUGGAGACUCAAACUCAAAACUUCCAGGGGGGGGACAAGGUACUGAAAAUUAAAAGGGUUCGGUGGGGGGGUUGUUUUUGGAAACUUGAUUCCUUUUUAAUAUUUUGUUGGAUUUUAGGAAAUUGGGGAAGUGUUUAGCAUUAGCCUGAGAAAAUCCCAGUACAGCUGCUUGUUUCACUGGCUGGUCUUCCUGAUUCUGCAAGGUGGGAAGGCUGAUUUUCUCAACUCACACCCCCCAGUGCCAUCGUCUCUGUCCUUAUGAGUUCUCCAUUAAUUAGCACAACAGGUAAUUAUGGAAAAACACCAGAGCAGGACACAAGGCUGGUGUCUCAUAUCAGCAUAUCACAUGGUGCCGAAUAGCUUUUCUUUUUGUUUUUAAUUUUAAAAAAGAAAAAAAAUGAAAACAAAAAAAAUGAAAAAAAAAAA